AUGCUCUUCCCGCAGAACAAACGACGCCACUACCGUGCGGCCCUCACCAAAACCGAACGGGCGGUAGCAAGCUUCAACGAAAGCGACGCCCUUGCCGUCGUCCAUCUCGGGGAUAUCAUCGACGGCGUGAAAGAGUGCGGCAUAGUCUCUACAGAGCGCACAUACAAGGACCUGAGGCGGGUUCUGUCAGUGCUCUCGCACCUGCGCAAACCACUAUUGCACGUACUUGGUAACCACUGCGUGCUCCUGGAGCGCGAGUCUCUCCUGACCACGCUCAAGAUUGAGAAGCCCGGCUACUACUACCGCAACCUGUCGUCGAUGUGGCGGUUGAUCGUGAUCGACACGGUGGACGUGUCACUAAAUCGCGACCGCAGACAUCCGCACUUUGCUGAGGCGCGCGACUACCUGCAGGCGCACCGUGGCGAGCCACACGCGAAGCUAUGGAACGGAGGGCUGGGCGCAAAGCAGACGCGUUGGCUCGAGCAGAUACUGGCGCGCACGGCAGCGGACGGGCGCUUCGCCGUGGUGUGCGGGCACAUCCCAAUCGUCGAGGAGGCCAGCGAGAGCGAAGGCGUGAUUUAUGGCCACAAGGAGGUGGAGAAAGUGCUAGCGGCACAUGGUUGUGUCAAGGCGUACUUUUCCGGGCACCACCAUGCAGGGGGUUAUGCGCAUAAAGGUGGAAUUCAUCAUGUCACGUUCGAGGGCAUCAUAGACGCUGAUGAUGAUAAUGGGGCUUUCGCGCUGGUGGAAUUACGGAAGGAUAAGAUUGUUGUGAGGGGUAGGGGUACCAUGACGUCUCGCGCGCUCCAGAUUGGGUAG